AUGAAAGUGAUUCAGAUUAAUCUGAAUCACUGCGCGGCAGCGCAAGACCUGCUGUCGCAGACGGUCCGGGAACACGGAACCGAUCUCGCAGUGCUAAGCGAGCCGUACAGAGGUGGUCGCAACCACAACUGGGCCGUGGAUAGUUCCGGCAAGGCGGCCUUGUGGGUUUGCGGAACCGCGUCACUGCGUCUGGAAAACGUUCACGCGGACAAUGGCUUCGUGCGUGCCAAAGCUGGAGGCUGGUGGGUCUACAGCACAUACCUAGCCCCUAGCCUCACGCUAGCAGAGUUUGCUGCCAUCCUGGACAGGCUUGCUGCUGAUGCAAGAGGCCGCUCUCCGACACUGCUUGCUGGAGAUUUCAACGCCUGGGCGGUCGACUGGGGCAGCGUUACCACAAACGCCCGUGGCAGAACUCUCCUAGAAGCGCUCUCAACGCUAGAUGUGGCCUUACUCAACGUAGGGCAGGAGCACACGUUUAGCAGGGCGGGAGCAGGAUCGGUGGUGGACCUCACCUUCGCCAGUCGCUCGAGAGCUGGGCAGUGCAGGUGGAUACUUAGCGGGCACGCUCCCUCCACCUCCCCCGCGCAGCAGCGCAAAAGCUUUAAGGCCGACUUGCUCGACACCCAAGCCUUUGCACUAAGGAUGCAGAGUGUGGAAGCGUCAGGCGACUCCGAUGUCAUGGCCAGUUCGGUGAUGGGUCAGGUGCUAUCGGCCUGUGAGGAGUGCAUUCCAUCCAGGUCCGCCCACUCUAGGCACCGCGCCUCCGUGUACUGGUGGAACCAGGAGAUAGCAGAGGCACGAAUGGAAUGCGUGAGAGCCAGGCGACUUUACCAACGGUCGCGCGGAUCCCAGUCACACCUGGUAAAGCGCGAGGCAUACCAUCGGUGCAGAAGAGCCCUCAAGGCGGCAAUAAAGGGCAGCAAGAGAAAAUGCUUUCUGGAGCUGUGCGAGGCAGCGGACCGAGACCCGUGGGGGGAACGCUUACAAAUUAAUUGUAAAGAAAGUCGGCAGAGCGAACAACUGCGCCCCACUGGACGCGGAAAGCCUCGGGAAGAUAGUUGCGCACCUAUUCCCCAGGAUGUCUAA